AUGGCCGACUUCAACGGGCGUCGUGCGCCCAACUUCUCGCAGUAUCUCAACGACCUGAACACCCUACCCUCGCCCUUCGAGCAGACAGCACAGCCAGACGACCUGCAAUUCGAUGUCGAUGCCGACCUCGCCCUGUUCACGAACGCAGAGUUCCUCGACUUUGACCCGGCUGGAAAUGUCGGCGGUGUAGACGAACAGCAGCAGCCUGUCUCUUCGUCUUCAGGAACCGUGAGCCCGACGAACGGACGGCAGGAUAUGAACUACGUGGGGAUACUGAAUGAUUUCAACAUUUCCAACUUCCCAUAUUUCCAACCACAACCGCAGACGGUCCCAGUCCAGUCGACUACCUAUCCAUCAGCUCAGCCUCUCCCCGCCAACACGCCUCUCCCUCAGAGUAGUCCCAUCUAUCAGCAGCAGCAGCAGCAACAACAACACCAGCAGCAGCAACAGCAGCAACACCAACGUCUCCAGUCGCAACCACAGCUACAGGCGCCACCACCACAGCCAGCAGUAACUCAAUCACAGCCUGCCACUGUUCCAUCAAAAAGGAAGUCUGAUGCCACCACUACCUCAGAGGCAGACCGUCUAGCCCAGGAAGAAGACAAGCGCCGGCGAAACACUGCUGCCAGCGCCCGCUUCCGCAUUAAGAAAAAGGAACGUGAGAAGAACUUGGAAAAGACCGUAAAGGAAGUGACAAGCAAGAACACAGCCCUCGAAUCACGCGUCAGCCAGCUCGAGAUGGAGAACCGAUGGCUCAGAAACCUCAUCGUCGAAAAGAACGGAUCUGCCAUAUCUGAGGGAGAUUUAUCCGGCAUGUUCCAUAAAUACCAAGAGACCACCGGACAACAUCAGAGUCAGAAGCAGGCCCCAACAACAAGUCCUGCUUCUGAGCUCAAGUCUUCUCCAUGA